AUGCGGUCUGCAUUUGUCUCAGCCCUCGUCCUUCCCCUCCUGGCCUCGGCCCAUGGCCCGCGUCAGCACCAUGGUCGCGCCGACGCCAGCUCUAUAGUCGCGUCCGCUGCUAGCUCUGUGGUCGCGUCGUCUGCUGCCUCCUCCGUGGCAGCAUCGGCAUCCGUGACGGGUUCCGGCUCGGUAUCUGGUUCUACAGCGACCAGCGUUGCUGCGUCUACCACCCAGACGCUCACGUUUACGCUUGCCUCCACAAACCCCACCGCCGUUCCUCUGUCCUUGAUCGCGUCGGGUGCUCCUAUACAGUCAACGAGCGCCCUUACCACGACAUGGGCAGCAGGUGCGAAGCCAACCGUGUUCGCAGGUGCUCCAGGCCUGCCAAAUGCUGCGGCUUUGAACCCCAAGGACUACCCUACGCUCGAUAAGACCCCUCCGCUGGACUCCCCUGAGGUCCAGCAGUGGAUUCAGGAGGUCAAGAACUCCGGGAUUGACAUCCCUGGCUUCGCGCCUACCAACCUCGGUGGUUGUGCCAAUAACACUGCCGCAGCGGCGGAUGCAUCUCGAUGCUGGUGGACUUGCGGCGGUUGCACGCGCCAGAGUGACAUCACGACUUGCCCUGCAAAGAACACGUGGGGUCUCACCUACGACGAUGGCCCGUCUCCAUACACGCCUGACCUGAUGGCGUACCUUGAGGCGCACGACAUGCGCUCAACGUUCUUUGUUGUUGGCUCUCGUGCGAUUUCUCGCCCGGCUAUGUUGCAGGAUGAGUACAUGAUGGGCAACCAGAUCGCUGUCCAUACCUGGAGCCACCCGUACAUGACCACGAAGACAAACGAAGAGAUCAUUGCGGAGUUCGGCUGGACGAAGAAAAUCAUCAAGGAUGCGCUCGGUGUGACGCCGCUGUACUGGCGUCCCCCCUACGGUGACAUUGACGACCGUGUCCGCGCAAUCGGGAUGGCCAUGAACUUGAUUCCCAUCUUGUGGACUCGUAUCAGUGCUACGCAAACGUUCGACACCGGAGACUAUGACAUCGCCGGUGGUUUGACGACGUCCACUCAGGUUUUGAACAACUGGGACUCCAUCAUGAACAACUCGACCAAGAUCGACACCGGCUUCAUCGUCCUCGAGCACGAUCUCUUCCAGCAGACUGUCGACAUCGCCGUUGGUUACAUCCUGCCAGAAGCACUUGCUCACCAACCCGCGUUGAACAUUACGCCGGUCAUCACCUGCCAGAACAUGCCAAUGUCGAACGCCUACGUUGAGACGAACGACAACUCGACUAACCCGCUUCCCGCGCCGGCUACGUCAGGCAAUUCAUCAGCGUCUGGCUCAGCGAGUGCUACGGGUUCUGCCGCGGGCGCGAGCAAGAACGGUGCGAGUGGCACGGCCUUCGUUAACACAGGCUUGGUGUCAGCUGCCGUUGCCUUCGCCGCUAGUGCGGGUGCCCUGUUCCUAUGA